AAACAAUGCAAUAUUGCAUCGUAAUUAAUGAAUUCAUAAGAAUGUUUGCAUGAGUAUGUUUAACAAAAAUUUAACAGCUUUAAAGCAAAUAAUGACACAAAUAAGACUGGGUGUGUGUGUAAGGAUGAAUAACCACCUAAAAUGUGGGCAAAGUUACCUAAACAAGGAAAGAAAAUUAAUAUCAAUGGCCUUCAGUAUCCUUGUCUUCCUCUUACUUGAUGGAAAAAUGGUGGCUGGUAAUAGUCAGAUUUCUUCAUGCAAGGAAAGAUUAAAUGCACUAAAAAAAGACGUGAAAAACUGGAAAGAUAACUGCGUUGAAAAAAACGGCAAUGAAAUUAGCAGAGCUGUCUGCAACGAAGAAAAACAAUAUAACAAAGAAGUGAUGCAAAUACAAAUAGAAAUGUGUUUUUACGAAGGUGCUUAUCCGGAGAAGUUCAUGAUUCUCUCAUCUUUUAACAAAAUCUACGCUGUUGAUAUUCUAACGGGCGAUAGUCUUGUUAGGGUCAUCGAUGACUCCAAAAACGAUUCUUCUGCAACAAACUCUAGCCAUGAUAACAUCGAGAUUGACGUGACUGAGAAUAAAAUUUACUUCAUUCAUGAGAACGACAUUAAACGAAUGAACUUUGAUAUUACUGAUCUUGAGAUUUUUGCCAAAAAUGCUAGUGCUCAUGAUAUAGCUGUUGACUGGAUUGGCCGUCGUAUUUUCUACGUACAGUCAAACAAUCUUAUUCACCAAAUUACUUUCCACGAUAAGAAGACAAGCAUUAUGAAGCUUACACAUGGUAUAAAAUUUUACGAAAUAACAACAGAUCCAUUAAAAGGGUUUCUCUUCAUGGCAGAGAGUAAAGAACGUUCCAUUUGGAUAUGUAGCACAGCUUCAAAUAAGCGUUUGAUUUCAUCAAUUCGUCUUGAUUUACUACCACAUGAUUUAUCACUUGACACAACCAAAAAGAAGUUGUAUUGGAGAGUUACCAAUGGAGAAGUGUUUUCUUGCGAUUAUCACGCACAAAAUAUGAUCCUUACGACAUCUAGAAACUCACCAAAGUAUUUUGGAAGUUUUAUCUACAUGAUGGAGAGAAAAGACGUUAUAAGUAUACGUAACGUCACUGAUCUACGACUGAUUCGUAAAUUUGCAGUUCCUCCAAACAUAAGUUAUCAUGGUUUUGCUCUUGUUAGCCAUUCUAUUCAAGAAUCAAAAGCAAUAAAGACGUUUGACUUUCCCAAAUAUGGUCCCAAUUCAUACUAUUUUAAAAUAAAUGGAGCUUUGGAAUGCACAUGCGCGAAAGGAUACAAAGGAAAAUGCAAUUUCUGUUCAGUGCCAAGAGUGAUAUAAUAUUCGUGCUCGAUAGAUCUGGUAGUAUUCGCCCAUGGGACUUUGAGUUGGUGCGACAGUUUCUUGUUUCUAUUGGAGAAAGAUUGAGGGUUGGUGAGCACGAUAGUUCAGGGAAAAUAAUUGGUCAAGCGGCUAUCGUCACAUUUAGUGAAUAUGGCAAAGUAGAGCUAACAUUAAAGAGCAGUCAGAGGCCGGGGAGGUUUAGAAGUGUUGUAAAAAAUAUGCCUGGACCACUAAUAAGAGGACGAACAAAGACCCAUCAUGGCUUGGCUGUAGCUGACACUCAGGUAGUUGUGAAAUCUGCUGGGUAUCGGGAAGAUGAUCCAGACGUUACAAAAUUUUUUAUGGUCGUUACCGAUGGUGAACAGACAAUACAUUCGCGUCGUAGUGGAUACAAAUACGUCAGAGAAGCAAUGCAGCCAUUCUUUAAACGUAGAAAUUUAAAUAUCUUUGCUGUGGGCAUCGGCUUAGAAGAGAAUUCUCGAGGUUAUAGACAAGUUAAAGAUAUGGUGAAAGAUGAAGAGAACGCCUUCUUUCCAAAAAAUUUUAAAGACUUAAAUAAAAUAACCAUGGAAUUGAUCAACAAGCUGU